AUGUUCUUGAAUGACAACGAUGAGGAGAACAAUAUCACUCCCAGUGAAAACCAGGAGAACGGUCACGAUCCAGGUCCUCCACAUUUUACCACGACACUAACGGUCGCGCCAUCAACUAAAAAGCCUAUGGCGUAUUACGACUUCACUCAAACUGAUUAUGAAUGCUUUGAAGCGCUUGUCAACUUCGCCUAUACUGCAUGUUUGGAAAUAAGUUCGAAAAAGGUUGCUGAGCUUUAUAAGACAGCCUUUGCUCUCCAAAUGACUCCGGUCGUCAAGGCAUGCGCUCAUUUUCUAGCGGACAACCUUAGUUUGAAGAACUGCAUCGGGAUUCGGCGGCAAGCGAACUUUAACGAUGAUACAUAUCUCCUCAGCAAAGUUGAUGCUUUUAUUCAAGAAAAUUUCGAGAAAAUUGUGAAUGACAGCGUAGAAUUCACUCAGCUACCCUGUAUCAAGACCCGCAUUAUCGUACCAAAGGAUGAUGGAUAUCGGCCUUCAAGCCUCGAAAAGGGUGCCUUACUCGCCCAAAGCGCUCUUGAUUACUUCAACCGAAUACCUCACGACAGAGUAGAACAUUCUAUAGAAAAACUCAUACACAAGACUCCGCUGCUUUAUAUGGAGGACGACCAAAGACUAACCGACUGCGCGGAUAUCGAUGACAAAUCCUCCGUGGGAAGUUGCGAUAUUAUACAGGAUUAUAAGAGAAGCGGCAAGGAAGUGGCCAAAGCAAUGACUAAUGGUUCAAUGGAUUCGUCCUUCACAGCUCCUGUGCAACAUCGUGUCACUGGAGCAGUUCCAGUACGACUGAAUGCCAGCCGCGUUCCGAAUGUGCGGUAUUCAUCUACGGAAAGUCUGAACUCAGUGGAUUCAGCUGAAAGUGACCCUCAGGAUACGAUCGAAACUCGUCUUAUCGCAACGCACCAAACAUCUCCCGACUUCUGGGUGGCUCUAGCGGUAUUGUAUCGUCGGCUUGUUGUGCUCAGUAUUCAACUAACUGACGAUGAAGAUAUAACCAAAAACAAGUCGAAUAACAGUAACGGUGUUGAUCCGCAAAAGAACGUGUUGCUCUCGCGUUUGAUAUCGUGCACUGGCAGUCAACGUCGUCCUCUUGCCACCAUGAACUGUGCUCGGUGCUCAAUUGGAGCAUCAUUUCUCAAUGGAAAAAUCAUUGUUUGUGGCGGCUAUGACAGAGGAGAGUGUCUCCGAUCUGUAGAGGAGUACGAUGUUGUAAAGGGUGAAUGGAAGCAGUUACAAUCUAUGAAUGACGAGCGGGGCAGAUUCGAUAGCGCUGUACUUAACGGGAAGGUUAGUCGAUUUUGCGGCUAUGACAGAGGAGAGUGUCUCCGAUCUGUAGAGGAGUACGAUGUUGUAAAGGGUGAAUGGAAGCAGUUACAAUCUAUGAAUGACGAGCGGGGCAGAUUCGAUAGCGCUGUACUUAACGGGAAGAUUUAUGCAGUUGCUGGAAGUAAUGGUAACAUUGACUUGAAAACAGCCGAAGUUUACAAUCCAAGACUGAACCAAUGGACUGCGAUUCCUUCCCUCAAUAAAGCAAGAAGUCAUAAUGGUUGUACUGCUUUGGACGGCUUCCUUUAUUGCGUAGGUGGAUCGCUUGAUCAGCAAGUUCUGAAAGACUGUGAAAGGUUCGACGAGUCGCGGCAGGUUUGGGAACCCAUAGCGUCCAUGGAACUAGCUCGUUUCCAAGCGGGAGUUAUUGCUUGGCGCGGUCUAGUUGUUGCCUGUGGUGGAUGUGACCGGUGGACUUGUAUGGAUUCUGUUGAAGCUUACGACCCAAAGACUAACACAUGGCGUAUGUUGGCAAAGAUGCGAACAGCUCGACGAGGAUGUGCGGUGGCCGUAAUUCGAGGUAGGUCUUCUGUCAGCACAUCCGCCUCUCACCGCUCUAUGUGUGCACCAGAUCAUGAUCAUUCUAUGAGUGUUUACGAUAGAUUUGAAUGCGUCUCAUGA